GUUAUUAUUAUAUUCUUAUUGUUAUUCCUAUCAUUCUUAUCCGGGACAUCUCAAGUACAAUUGACAACACAUGGAAACAUGACUGGACACUCUGUAUACCGGUGGCAGUGUUUAGCUGGAUGGUUGAUGCGGGGGUGUUCGCUAGUCAUCAAUUGCCAAUUUCGGCUUAGGGCUCAGGCAGAAGCGAACAAUGCAAAAGGGUUGUGUAAGUUGCUGAAUUGGCGUGGACAAUCGACAUGUUCGGUCAGAAUCCCUUGAUUACUGGCAUUAUUUAUAAUGGUCGAGGGAGACGAUCGAUAUGGAACCUGCUCAAGCGUUGAUUGCACCCAACUGGCGGCCAUUGACAUCGGAGGCUGCGAAAGAUGUCGCAAGUAUUACUGUUUUCGCCACGUGGACAGCCCUGAGCAUACCUGUGAUAAAUCACCGCUCACCAGUGCUUCCAGAGAAGAAACACAAAAUGAGCUCGCAAAACAAGCCCAAGCAAGGUUGUAUGAGAAGGGAUUCGUAGCUCGACUAGCAAAAAGCACGAAUGACGAUACCGUGCAUUUUGGAGGGACAGUCCGAAUAAGUAAACAUUAUAUUGACUUCCGAAUUGCAAGCAGCAAAGAUGCUCCAGCAACCCCCAGUGAUGACAGCAAGAAUCGACGUGCAGAGCACUUGUUGAUGAGGGUUUAUCGCGACGACUUUACGCCACUAGCUCCUGAGAGCGAGAUGGCGGCAGUUCUGAUGCUCGCUGAUGUUGCUGCACUCGAUCAUUUACGACAUACGGCAUGGGUGGAAGCAGCACCGCAUUACGAACAGUUUAUCUUUGACCCAUACUGUAUUCUCUUUGUGGAUGCCAUUGCUGCAGGCAAAGGCAAACCACUUUCCACUCUGAAUCCAUCGGGUCGCGAAUGGCAAAAGAUAUAUUCCGAACUUGCAUACUUUAUCUGCGAUCUCGACAAGCCCCGAAAGAGACUGGUAGAGAAAGGAAUCCCUGAGGAAAUAUGCUCUCUGUUUCGAUAUCUAGGCGAAAUUCAGACUAUGGCAAUAUACUUAGAAUGGACCCUCGCUUCCAUCGGACCCUUCAAUAACGCAACAGAAUAUUACACGACAUGGGCCGAGACGCUUUUGCAAAUGAUCACUAAUCGGCAAAUCUUCAACAGAUUCCCAGUCGACGCCUUUCUAGCCUUUCGCUAUCUGAAAGAACUUGCAGAGAAAGGCCGUUUCAACCCUUUUUAUCCUAAUGAACCGGAGUUAGACACGAGUCACUUCUAUCUCAAGCACUCGACGAGUAUUACUGAAGAUAAAAUUAUAGUGGAUGCACAGUACAAGAUCGUGGAAAUCCAAGAUUGGACGUUUUCCAGACUGGUACCUGGGUAUGAAGCCUUUGGUCCGUCAGCAAUUCAACUCAGACCCCAACCAUCCAGAAAUAACGGUGACGACGAAGGCAUAAACGCAAAUGAAUAUAUCGCUGCAACUCUUGAAGCGCGACGAAGACCCGAUCUUGCACGAUACUUCCGUAUUCUUGAAGAUAACAUUUGCUCUCUUGCAAUGGGUCUCGGAGCGGGGAAAUAUCUUGAGCACGAAGCCUUUUUGGCUACUUUCAAGAAAAUUCUGAAACUCGCAGGAGAGAUAGGUGAUGGCCAUGAGGAGAAGUUUUCCUGGGAGAAAUGGCGGAAAGAUCAUCUUGAUUUAUGGGCAGAUGACAGGAGGCUUAUCUUGCUUGAUUUUUUUAUUUGAUUGUAUUACAAGUACUAGAUAGGACAUCUAUAGAUGUACGCAUUUUAGAUGUUUUAAUAUACGUCAAUUGAUAUAUG